CUCGGAUCAUGCUUAUGGGAACGUCCGAUUCCGUCUCGAGAAGAGUGGCUCUGCCUGAUGCUCUAUCAUGACUGAUGGCGAGGGGAGAGUACGCUUCCAGUACGCAGAGUGCCCGGAGGGGCGGGAGGAGGUGAGGCUCGCCAUACCGACGCCCUUCGGGAACGACCCGCGAGGUCACGAUGUUGACCCCGGGGGGGGAGGAGGCCGCCGCCGCCACCACGAAGACGAGGAGGCGGAGGAAGAGGAGGAGGUGGAGGGGAGCGGGAGGAGGAGGUGGAGUCCCGAGAUUCGGGAACCAGAGCUGGAAGCGGACGCCGGACCGAUGGCGUUCGGGGUCCGCGUCCGGGGCCCCGUCCGGGAUCCGGACUGCGUCUCCGAGGAGGAGGAGGAGGAGCAGCCGUACCCGGCGCUGGCCCCCGGGGCCUUCUUCUGCCUGAAGCAGACCACCAGGCCCCGCAACUGGUGCCUCCGCCUCGUCUGUAACCCGUGGUUCGAGCACGUGUCCAUGCUGGUCAUCCUGCUGAACUGCGUGACUCUGGGGAUGUUCCAGCCCUGCGAAGACGUCACCUGCGAGUUGGAGUGGUGCCGCAUCCUCCAGGUGUUGGACGACUGCAUCUUCGUCUUCUUCGCCGUGGAGAUGGUCGUCAAGAUGGUGGCUCUGGGGAUCUUCGGGCCCAAUUGUUACCUCGGCGACAAGUGGAACCAGCUGGACUUCGUCAUCGUCAUGGCGGGGGUGAUGGAGUACUCUCUGAAUGGCCACAACGCCAGUCUGUCCGCCAUCCGCACCGUCCGGGUGCUCCGGCCCCUGAGGGCCAUCAACAGAGUACCAAGUAUGCGCAUCCUGGUGACGCUGCUGUUGGACACCUUGCCCAUGCUGGGGAACGUCCUCCUCCUCUGCUUCUUCGUCUUCUUCAUCUUCGGCAUCGUGGGAGUCCAGCUGUGGGCGGGACUACUGCGCAACCGCUGCUUCCUGGGAGAGGACAUCCGAUCGAUGUACAACGUGUCCAUCAGUCCUUACUACAUGUCGGAGGAAGGUGAAGACAGCCCUUUCAUCUGCUCGGCGCCGCGUGAGAACGGGAUGCUGCGCUGCCACAGCGUGCCGCCCCAGGCGGAGGGCGGCGCCGCCUGCUCGCUGGCCGCGCCGCUCGGACCGGCCAGCGUCAACGGCUGCGUCAACUGGAACCAGUACUACAACGUGUGUCGGCCCGGGGACUUCAACCCGCACAAGGGCGCCGUCAACUUCGACAACAUCGGCUACGCCUGGAUAGCCAUAUUCCAGGUCAUCACACUGGAAGGAUGGGUAGAUAUCAUGUACUAUGUCAUGGACGCUCACUCCUUCUACAAUUUUAUAUAUUUUAUACUACUCAUUAUUGUGGGCUCUUUCUUCAUGAUCAACUUGUGCCUCGUGGUCAUCGCCACCCAGUUCUCUGAGACGAAGCAGCGUGAGAACGCCCUGAUGCGGGAGCAGCGCGCCCGCUACAUGUCCAACGACUCCACGCUGGCCAGCUACAGCGAGCCGGGCUCGUGCUACGAGGAGAUGCUGCGCUACGUCAGCCACCUGUACCGAAAGCUCUCCCGCCGGCUGCAGAGGAUUUACUCCGGCUGGCACAGUAAAAGGCGUAAAAAGGUGAACCCUAACGGCGGCGGCCACGGCUCCGGCCGGGGCGGCGGCGUCGGCUCGGGCCCCGGCGCCGCGUGGCUGAGGCCGAUCCACAACCUGCUGCAGCACCAUCAGCACCAGCACUGUCGCCUCAGCAACGGGGGGCAGCACACCAUCAGCGUGGCGGACGGGGAGGCGGGGCCAGGGGGGGAGGGGCUGGAGAUGAAGUCGCUCCCCGUGCGUGGCGGCGGCGGCGACGCCCAGGGCGGCAUGGGGGCGCUGCUGGGCCGGCUGAACGGCGGCAUGAACUACCCCACCAUCCUGCCCUCCUUCGUGUGCAGCUACAGCAGCAAGACGCCGCCGCCGCACGCCAAGCAGAGCGGGGGGGCGGAGCAGCACCCCCACAACCACCCGGCCUCGGAGCACACGGAGACACUCAGCAAGCUCCACCAGCUCAUGGGCCAGCACAGCCGCCAGAGGCUGCUGUACCAGCUGGCCGGCGUGGUGCCCAGCCCGCUGCUCCUGGAGCUGCUGAGCUGCCCGCUGUGCGCCCGCAGCCUGGAGACCCUGGAGCUGGGGGACCUGGAGAGGGGCCGGGGGGAGGGGGACCCGCACGACUUCCCCCAGGGGGCGGAGCUGAGAGGCGGGCGAGGUCGCAGCCGACGGCGAGGGAUGGCGGCGUGCAAGAGCGUGGCGGUGCGGGCCUGGACCGGCUUCAGGGAGCGGCUGAAGAGGAUCGUGGAGAGCAAAUACUUCAACCGGGGGAUCAUGAUCGCCAUCCUGGUCAACACGCUCAGCAUGGGCAUCGAGUACCACAAGCAGCCCGAGGAGUUGACCGAUGUGUUGGAGAUCAGCAACAUCGUGUUCACCAGCAUGUUCGUGCUGGAGAUGGGCUUCAUGAUGCUGGCUUUCGGCCUGUUUGGAUACAUCAGGAACCCCUACAACAUCUUCGACAGCAUCAUUGUGAUCAUCAGUGUGUGGGAGAUCAUCGGUCAGGCGGACGGCGGGCUGUCGGUCCUGCGGACGUUCCGCCUGCUGCGGGUCCUGAAGCUGGUCCGCUUCCUGCCCGCCCUGAGGAGGCAGCUGGUGGUGCUGAUGAAGACCAUGGACAACGUGGCCACGUUCUGCAUGCUGCUGAUGCUCUUCAUCUUCACCUUCAGUAUUCUGGGGAUGCAUCUGUUCGGCUGUAAGUUCAGUCUCCAGACGGAGAACGGAGACACGAUUCCCGACCGCAAGAACUUCGACUCUCUGCUCUGGGCCAUCGUCACCGUGUUCCAGAUCCUCACCCAGGAGGACUGGAAUGUGGUGCUGUACAACGGCAUGGCCUCCACCUCUCCCUGGGCGGCGCUCUACUUUGUUGCCCUCAUGACCUUCGGCAACUACGUGCUCUUCAAUUUACUCGUGGCCAUCUUGGUCGAGGGCUUCCAGGCUGAGGGUGAUGCUAAUCGGUCGGACUCAGAUGACGAGAAGAAAUCCGAGAACUUCGAGGAGGACGAGAAGGUGGAGCAGCUCCGAGACACCGAGCUGAAGAUGUACUCUCUGAUGAUGACGGCCAACGGUCACGUCGACCCGCGCGUCGCCGUCUCCAUGGCUCCUCCCAUAAUCAUGCGCACGGCCGCGACCCCCAUGCCGACCCCCAAGAGCUCCCUAGGCCCGGAGUCGGUCCUCGGGGAGGAGCUCACGUCCCGGGAGGCGGGGCCUCGGUACGGCGAGGCGCCGGGGCUCGCCUUCUUUUCCGACGCCGGGAGCAUCCACGCGGACUCUCUCUGCGGAAGCUCCGCCUCCAUGGACCCUUUGGCCUCCGACCAGCGGUCUCUGAGCCUCUCGAGUCCCGGCCGGCGCUCCCCCCUCGCUCCUCGCUCGUGGGGGAGCCGGCGCUCCAGCUGGAACAGCCUGGGCCGAGCGCCGAGCCUCAAGAGGCGAGACACCAGCGGGGAGAGGGAGAGCCUGCUGUCCGGGGAGGGGGGGGAGGAGGGAGGAGAGGAAGACGAAGAGCAGGAGGAAGAGGAGGAGGAGGAGGAAGGCCGGGGGGACAACAACCGACUGCGGCCCGAGUCCUUGGAGCUGCUGCAGGCGUCCACGCUCUGCCCCGCCGCAACCACGGAGUACGGGGACUGCAACGGCCGGACGCUGACCUUUGACCCCCACGCCAACGCCGACCCCAAAGACGACUCCUCGCCGGACGACGACAUCGACGAGGACAGCUCUUUCUGGAUCUGGCUAAAAAAGGAGCUUCUGAACAUGAAGCCGCGCUGGUGCAAAGAACACGAAGACUGGACGCUGUACUCGUUCUCCCCGGAGAGCAAACUCCGUGGGUGGUGCCAGAGUGUGAUCUCGCACAAACUGUUCGACCACGUGGUUCUGGUGUUCAUCUUCCUCAACUGCAUCACCAUCGCUCUGGAGAGACCUAAUAUACUGCUCAACAGCAAGGAGCGAGUGUUCCUGAGCGUGUCCAACUACGUGUUCACCGUGAUCUUCCUGGCCGAGAUGGCCAUGAAGGUGGUGGCGCUGGGCUUCUGCUUCGGCAAGCAGACGUACCUGCAGUCCAGCUGGAACAUGCUGGACGGCCUGCUGGUCCUCGUGUCCCUGGUGGACAUCCUGGUCUCGCUGGCCUACACCGGCGGGAACCGGAUCCUGGGCAUCCUGCGGGUCCUCCGCCUGCUGCGGACGCUCCGCCCACUCCGGGUGAUCAGCCGGGCUCCGGGCCUGAAGCUGGUGGUGGAGACGCUCAUCACCUCCCUCCGACCCAUCGGGAACAUCGUCCUCAUCUGCUGCGCCUUCUUCAUCGUCUUCGGCAUCUUGGGGGUCCAGCUGUUCAAGGGGAAGUUCUACCACUGCGAGGGUCUGGACAUGAAGAACGUCACCAACAAGUCCGACUGCCUGCAGGCCAACUACCGCUGGAUCCGCAGGAAGUACAACUUCGACAACCUGAUUCAGGCUCUGAUGUCUCUGUUCGUGUUGUCCUGUAAGGACGGCUGGGUCAACAUCAUGUACGACGGGCUGGACGCCGUGGGCGUCGACCAGCAGGCCAAGCAGAGGCCGUACUACACCGACUACUCCCCGCUGCGCCUGUCCAUCCACACGCUGUGCACCAGCCACUACCUGGACCUCUUCAUCACCUUCAUCAUCUGCAUCAACGUCUUCACCAUGAGCAUCGAGCACUACAACCAGCCGCGGUACCUAGAGGAGGUUCUGAAGUACUGCAACUACGUGUUCACCUGCAUCUUCGUGGUCGAGGCGCUGCUCAAGCUGGCGGCGUUCGGCAUCCACCGCUUCUUCAAAGACAGGUGGAACCAGCUGGACAUCGGCAUCGUGGCGCUGUCCAUCAUGGGCAUCGCCCUGGAGGAGCUGAAGAUGAGCUCGGCGCUGCCCAUCAACCCCACCAUCAUCCGGAUCAUGAGGGUGCUGCGGAUAGCACGAGUGCUGAAGCUUCUGAAGAUGGCAACUGGGAUGCGCUCUCUGCUGGACACCGUCAUGCAGGCACUGCCACAGGUGGGAAAUCUGGGCCUCCUCUUCAUGCUGCUCUUCUUCAUCUACGCUGCGCUGGGAGUGGAGCUCUUCGGAAAACUGGAGUGCACCGACCACAACCCGUGUGAGGGCCUCAGUCGCCACGCCACCUUCGCCAACUUUGGGAUGGCCUUCCUCACUCUGUUCAGAGUGUCCACGGGAGACAACUGGAACGGGAUUAUGAAGGACACGUUGAGGGAGUGUCACAAAGAGGAGCGCCACUGCCUCUCCUACCUGCCUCUGAUCUCCCCGAUGUACUUCGUCACCUUCGUGCUCAUGGCCCAGUUCGUGCUGGUCAACGUGGUCGUGGCGGUUCUGAUGAAGCACCUGGAGGAAAGCAACAAGGAGGCCAAAGAGGACGCGGAGAUGGAUGCAGAGAUCGCCUUGGAGAUGGCGUUGGAGAGGGAGCGCAAGCUGAGUGCAUCCUCCAAAAGCAGUUCAGUGGGAGGAGCCUACGUCGGGCCAUGUCCGCACUCACCUGGGCAGGAGGAGGAGGAGCACUGCGGGGAGCUGCUGUCGUCGAGGAAGAUGUCCGUCUCCAGGAUGCACUCUCUGCCCAACGACAGCUACAUGUUCCGGCCUGUGCGGCCCGCCAGCGCCCCCUACCGGCUGGAGGAGGUGGAGCUCAGCCCGCAGCACCAGCAUGCAGGCUCGGUGACGUCGAUCCACUCACAGCCGUGUAAGACCCGCCCCCUGCUGCAGGUUCCAGACUCCUCCCCUGUUCUCCCCCGGCAGCCUCCCUCCCUCCCCUUGCCCCGCAUCGCCCCGCCCACGCCCGGCCCCUCCCCACUGUCCCUGCGCAGACAGGUGGCAGUGAAAGUGGACUUUGUGGAGCACCAGGAGAAACCCGGCCUGCCUCCCCUCUCCCCUCAGACCUCCUCCCCAUCUCUCCUUCCUCCUCCUCCUCCCUCCUCUCCCUCGGCCCUCCCUCUACCACCCUCCUCUCCUUCCCCGUUCCCUCCUCCCUCUCCCUCCUCUCUGCAUCCGCUUCUCUCCUCCCCCUCUUCCCUCCCUCCGCCGCCGUCCUCCCCCUCGCUGCUCCUCCCUCCGCCUCCCUCGCCCCACCUCCCCGCCAGCCUCCGGAGACCCCGACCGCCCUCGGCCGCCUCCCUGUGCGACCCGGCGGACGAGGAGGUGCAUCACAUCACCAGCGCCGCCCGCCGCAGGUGGAGGAACGAGGAGGACGGGGGUCCGGAGGGCCGCAGCCACUCCCUCUCCCCCUACGCCACGCCGCUUUCCCUCAACUCCUCCUCCCCUCCUCCUCCCCCGCUGCCGCCUUCCUCCGCGAGGAGCGCGCUCGGUCCGCUCGGGACGGACCGCGACGCCGGGCCGGUUCCGAGCGGCGGCGACCGGGCCUUCCAAGACGAGCCGCCGCCGCCGCCGUCCGCCGGCCACCCCGAGGACCAGCGGCGCCACUCCAUCGAGGUCUGCCUCCCGCAGGGAGACGGCGACCGGCGCUCUGCGGGCGGGCCGGCGUUCCCCGUGAGGGUGCAGUCGGUCGGCGGCGGCCACAGGAAGAAGAAGAUGAGCCCGCCGUGCAUCUCCAUCCACCCGCCGUGCGAGCGGGAACACGCCCCCGCGUCCCCGCAGCCGGCCGCCUGCAGCACGCUGCUGAGGCGCCGCACGCCGUCCUACGACCUCAGCCCGCACGCGCAGACUGCCACGGCGCAGGCGCACUCCCCGCUGCACGCGCCUCGCCCGGCGCCCUCGCCGGCGUCCACCCCGACGCGCUCUGGGACGUCCACGCCGACGCCCCCGCGCGUCCCCAUCGGCCCGAACGUCUUCAUCCAGCCGCAGGCGCCUCUCGCCCCGAGGCCUUUCUCCCUCUCCCCCGCGGCGAGGCUCCCCUCGCUCUCGGGGGAGUACAUGCCCCUCCCCCAGUUCACCUUCGACCAACCGCAGUCCAGAUACACGAGCGGCCUGUCGGACGCCGACGCGGCCGCCUGCUCGUCUCCCUUCGACGGCCGGCUGGGCGGCGGCGCGGGAUUCAGCGCGAAGAACCGGAGGACCGCCCAGUGACCGCGGGGAGCGAUUCCAUUGGUCGAGAGGCCGACCUCGGCGAGAGAUUGUCGCUGGGUAGAAAACAAGAAGUUUUUUCUGGGAGGAGGAUUUGUUUUUGAAUCCUGAAAAGACGUGACUCUUCUCAGAGAGACGCUGGUUCAGUCCCGGCCCGGAACGACGGGCGGCGGGCCCGACUUCCUGAACCCAGCUUGACGGUCAGCAGCUCCACUGGAGGAGGCGGAGCCAGUCAAACGGCACCCGCCGGACACGGUGUGUGACGAACGCUGACGACACAACAGGACUAAAAGCCACCUAACUCCGUAGCCAAAGUUUUCUUUUUUUUGGGCCACACUGUCCCCCACCCACGCGAGCCAAUCAGGAAGCAGCGUCUGGCUGACGACCUCUGACUUUUACAAGAAGUGGUUUAUUUGUGCGAUGCGAGCGUGGGGGGGUCGGGGGGUGAUGUGGGAUAUGCAACUUCAGGUUUUCUGCAGAAAUUCUGCUUUGCCCCUCCUCUGCUCCCCGAUCACAUUGAUCGGAGCAGUGUGUGUGUGUGUGUGUGUGUGUGUGUGUUUCCUGUGUGCGAGUGAUGUCAAAUAUCCGUCGUCGUGGAAGUCGGCCAUAUUGUUCUUACGCCUGCUGACGACGCGGAGAGGGGAAGCUGUCGUUUAUGUUCAUGUGUGUAUCUGCGCAGUGUAAAUAAAAAAGGAAAAUACUGUA